CAUCAGGAGAUAUGGUACCAGUUUAGAAAACAAAGACAAGAUGGCGAUGGAUUUCCAAAUUGAUGUGGAGGUACUCAAAAAAUGUAUGGGAGGUGAUUCCUUAUACAAAGAGGCAAUAGAGCACACAGCCAGCUUGAACAUGAGGAUGGGGAUAGAGCGGAAACUGAGACUGCCAUUCCUGGACUCUCAGACGGGGGUAGCACAGAGUCAUACCUCCCUGUGGCAUCCAUACAAAGAUAGACUACCAGGUCAGUCAUAUGGACAGCUUUAUUCAUACCCAGCCAACAGAUGGAAAAAGAAGAAACGACUAGCGUUCAUGAAUACAGAGAGUCGCACAAACAAGGCCAGUGAUAUUGAGACUGGAGAGUCAGAUAUGCAUCAGAUAAACACAGUGGAGAACCCAGCAAUAUGUAAGGAAGAGGAAGGAGAAAAAUUCAGUGAAACCAGCAAAGACCGAUGGUACGAUGAUUUUGACAACCUAAGUGAGCCUCCAGAUGCAGGAGAAAUGGUGGAUGAUCAAUCUGACAUCAGCGACUAUGAAGAGACCUACAUCAAAAGGAAGAAAAAGAAGGGUACAGGACGUGGCAGGAAGAAGAAUACGGAGAAGGAGCCGCCUCAGAUUACAGAGGAUAAAGACAAGCCAUACUCUUGUGAAGGACGGACAAAGUCAUGGAAAGCUUGUGGGGCUAGAUACAAGACAAGACCAGGUCUACAGUACCAUUACAAUCAUUUCCAUAACGGCAUGAUCGACGAUGAAACGGUUCCCUCACCUAAGCCCCCCGCCCGGGCCUCCGGUCGGAAUGCCGUCAUUAAGUCCCUGGUUGCUUCCUCAUCUGGUACCGCGUCAGAAAAAGGUGGGCGUUCUGGAAUGGAAAAGCGAGACAUCUCAGCCAACAAUUACUGUGAUUUCUGUCUUGGAGAUUCUGAGGAAAAUAAGAAAUCAAAUCAGCCAGAGGAAUUAGUGUCCUGCAGUGAUUGUGGAAGAUCAGGCCAUCCAACCUGCCUGCAGUUUACAGCCAACAUGAUAAUCUCUGUCAAGAAGUAUCCCUGGCAGUGUAUUGAGUGCAAGUCAUGUGGACUCUGUGGAACUUCAGAUAAUGAUGACCAGCUGUUAUUUUGUGAUGACUGUGACAGGGGUUACCACAUGUACUGUCUGAAUCCCCCUCUCUCAGAACCUCCAGAAGGUAAUUGGAGUUGCCAUUUGUGUAUUGAGGAAUUUCAUGGUGGGAAAAAGCCACAGGGAAUGCAAUAGAGUGAAGGAAUGCAUUCUUGUACACAAUACUUACACUGCCCGUCAUUUAUAAUCAUUCAAUCACUCUCCUGUUAAAAUUACCAUCAACACAGAAUAAAGUUGAUAACUAUAGAGUUUUUGAAACAUAUGUAUAUUGUACAUCAUGUAUUAAAGACUGUGACUGGAAAGUACUUGUAAAACGCCAUGGUUUAUUACAAAAUACAUAAAAUGACUAUACAUAACAUUGUCUUAAUGUAGUGCUGUUGUCUGAAUAAGUCUUUGUGUUUGUAUAAAUGUGAAAUUAAAAAAUAAGAAACCUA